AAAGACAGCUUAGCGACACUGAAAGCUGCUCCUCAAAAGGAAAGUCGUUCGUCAACUCCAGAAGCUGUACCGUCAAAGCCUGCAACUUCAACGACGCUUCAAAAAGAGGUGAAGAGACCGAGCGAAGCAACUGCUUCAAAGCCUAAAAGUUCUACUAAAGCUGUUGUUCCAAAGCCAGUGAAAUCAAAAUCGAGUGAGAGUGUGCAGCCAUCGAAAUCGAAAGGUUCCAAAGAGACUAUGGCAUCGAAAGACUCAAAAAAGAAAGAAUCCAAACAGAAGCCUAGAAAAAGAAGUAGUUCGUCCUCCGCAGCUUUCGCUCCUGGAAAAACAAAAGACAAGAAGGAGAAAAGCAGCAGCAAAUCGAAAUCGCGUGAUAAGGAAAAGAAGCUUACGAAUGAAAAGGCUGCACAACAAAAACUCAAGGAUAAGAAAGGAAAGGAAGCUGGCGUGAAAAAAAGAGUGGGUGAAAAAUCUUCCACUAAAAAAAGUAAGAAGCCGAAACUGGUUAAAGUGUCUGAAGUGAAGGAAAAGGAAAAGGAAAAGGGGAAGGGAAAGGAAAAGGAAAAGGAAAGGGAAAAGGAAAAGGAAAAGGGAAAGGGAAAGGACAAGGAUAAGGAUAAGGAAAAGGAAAAGGAAAAGGAAAAGGAAAAGGAAAAGGAGAAGGAAAAGGAAAAGGGAAAGGAAAAAGAAAAAGAAAAAGAAAAGGAAAGAGAAAAAGAAAAGGAAAAGGAAAAGGAAAAAGAAAAAGAAAAAGGAAAGAGGAAGGAAAAGGAAAAGGAAAAAGCAAAAACAAGCGAGACGAAAAAAGAUGAAGAAAAAGAAAGCUUGCCAAAAAAGCAAAGCAGUGAAGCAAAAGCGGCGGAAAAUAAUGCGGGCAUCAAUAAGGACAAAGCUGAAGAGCCUGGAAAUCAGAAGGAACAAGCAGAAAAGGUAUUUCAAGUAUUUCUCCACGCAUAUGCUUUAUAA